CCUCCGUCAAUCACAGCUAAGCGAAGCGAGAGGGGGACUGCUCCGCCGACGUGGCUGGCUCGGUUCCUUACCUCGUCGCCCCGAAGGCCACGGCACGCAUGGCCUCCUUGGCCCCCGCGUUGCGGCCUCCGUCGAGGACGGCAAUGGGCUUCAACGGCCUGAAGAGGAGCUCUCGAUCUCGCUCCGCCCGGCAGGUCUCUGCUUCCGGAUCUCCUUCAAGAAGUUUCGUUGUCAAAGCCUUAUCCGAGAGCCACUUUCCAUUAGUGGGGAAAAAAGCACCGGAUUUCGAGGCCGAAGCUGUUUUUUAUGAGGAGUUCAUAAAGGCAAUGGAGUGCAAAUUGCAUUAGAAAAAUCUUGAUGUGUUAGUGUCGUUUUUGGUUGUCAACAUGAUAUGACAAAGUUGACCCAACCUGGUCGUUUUCGUGAAUGUUGUUUCGACUGAGAAUCAAAUGCCCCUUGAGAACAUUCUAGUUGGUUGCUCCUUUGUGUUUCGCCCCCCUUGACAACGGGCUUCUUUCAAGCGGAAGGAUCCUACACAACUACACCGGGUGCGUGUCUAACAAGGUCAAGUUAACAUCCGAUGCUUAAGGUAGCAAAGAGCUCAAGAAAGUGAGUUCAUUCAAAGAGUUUAAGAGUGUCACUGUCAUCUACACUCUAAACUUGAGUUGCGUUCAAUUAAUUAUAGUCAUCUACAUUAUUGAAAAAAUUGCCCAAAAUUGAAAUAUUGGAUGAUCCUUGUUGGGUGUAUCAUAUCAGAAUUCUAAUGUUGUGAACUAUGUUUUACUGUUACUCAUUUUCCUUUUCCUUUUGAUGUUUAGUUCUAGCUUUAGUAGAGAUGAACCUUAACUUUUAUCCCACAAGCACUUAUGUCACUGUCAUGUGGCAACUUAUUAAGUCUAAAUUAACUAAAUAAAUGCUUCUGUCUAAGAUAAGAAGCAGUUGCCACCUUUCAUGAUCGAAGCUGAAUUUUCUUCCUUUAUAUUGAUGCUAAAAACCAUCUGAACUCUGUUUAUUCUGUUUUUGCUGUUUUCCUUGUAUAGUAUACUGAACAAAAUGACAUUGACUGUUAAACAGUUCCAGAGUAUAUGUUCUCCUUGAACUUUGGUUAUGCAACAAAAUGAAUUGUACAGAAUCUUGUCACAGCAUGUCUAAAUUGUCUGUCAUUGUUUGCAUGUUUUAUUUAGUCUUCACUAACAUUUAAGUGGCAUCAAGUUUCUCUUUUUGCAUAUUAUGAUUAGUCUUGUUUGUUAUCCAAUUGCCAGAUCAAAUUAUCUCAUUAUAUUGGGAAUAAGUACAUGAUUAUAUUGGGUGAACAACCAAUGCUAUUUAAUUCGAACGCUCGACUUAUGAGAAUGAUAAGUUGUGUGCUUUUAUGUCAACUAGUGAGAUAUUUGAACUAAACCGUGGUCAGGGCAAAGUCCAGCUCACUUGUCACACGCAUGGCAUUUAUGUCAUCAGCUACAACAGGUAACUGGAACACGGCCUCAGUGCUAUCUUCCCCAACUCACAUUGGCCCCAGCCGGUCCCACCUUCACCCGUGCUAAAGCAGCCAGUCCUGCCUUCACUGCUUUUAUGUCAACUUCUUUCCGUAGUACACACAAGGAUGUGCUCCAGAACGAAACUGCACCUUUAACUCGUCAUCGGCCACCCACAAGAA